GACAGUUGAUGACAUUGAAAGAUGCUGACAAUGUAAUUAAAAUGGUCUAAAUUAAACAGUAAUAAAAAAUCAUCUAUAAAAUGCUUAUCGAGAACAAUAGAUAAUGUCCAGGAAGAGUCUUAAAGAGACAGAAGAAAAGGAGGUUCAGACAGUUAUCCACGUAUAUCCGUUUAUUUUGGAACCGAGUGAUAAACAUGCAAAUGUUUCAGAAGAUAAAUCUUUCAGCACAUUACUGACAUUGGAACCUGAUAGAGAUAACGAAGAAUUUUACAAAAUGUUAGAGUACUGCCCGUUUCAUGAAAUCGAAAAAGAUAACGUUGCAGUGCUGGAUUUGCCCAGAAAACAUAAAAUUACGUUUCUUCUCAACUCGAAGUUCUCUCCGGAUAGCUUGAGGGCGUUGUCGCUGCUGGAUGAUGACGGGAUAUCGGAAUGCUGUAUCGACCUGUUGUCCAGAAUGAGAACGGGCAAGGCGCUCAAGAGCUACAAGGACGGGGAAAACCAGACCAAUUUAAUGGUAAGAUCAUGUAUGAGGAAGCCAUAGAAGAGAUCCAAGACAUCACAUGUAAGCCGAAAGCGAAUGCUAUAUAACUGAUAAAUGAAAUAUAUUUUAAUUUUUAAUUUA